CAAAAUUAUGUUAAAUAACCUGCAGCAGUUGUACAAGGAAAGCAACAGACUUUGCUACGAUAUCGAUGGAAAGAUAAACGAGGUCUACUGCGGCUUCCAAGAAAGAAGUGAUCUUGAUGGUACAGUCGAUAUGAUCAGGAACAAGAUCGGUAUAUUUCAAGAUCAAAUCGACAAAAUUAAGAGAGAUUACCAACAAUUGGUGUCCUCAGGGGAGAUCACAGGAAAUAAUGAGUACCACUGGGAGAGAAAAAUUGGCAGGCUUGAGAAAUCACUUAAAACCAUGCCACAAACAUUAGAUAAAGCUGUCAAAAAUCAGACUAGAAGUAUGGAGCAAACCCAAUGGAAAGAUAGUAUUGAGAGAAGAAAUAGAAACCAAGAGGAACUUAAAAAGCAAUCUGAGAAUAUUAAAGCCUCCCUUGAGUACUCUGAUAAUAUCCAAAAUCAAGGAAACUCCAUUCUUGAAAGCUUAAAUGCUCAAGGAGAGGUAUUAAAGAAAGUUAAGCUUAGGACAUUCCAAUUCCUUAAUGUCCUUGGUGUAUCAGGAUCCAUUAUGAGGUUGAUUGAUAGAAGGGGAAGAGAAGAUAACCUCAUAGUGAUCGGCCUCUGUUUCCUAACGUUGAUAAUGAUGUACAUUGCAUAUUACUAUAUCAAGCCAAUGUUUAGCUUUUCAUAAGUAAUCUUACUAAUUAAUCCUCAUAAAUCCUACUCAUCUGACUUCUUCA